UCGCCCGCCCCCGGGCCGGGAACCCGAGCCGCCUCGCGCGCGGGCCAGAGGCGCAGUCAGAGGGAGAACACCAGGCGCGGCGCGGGCGGCUCCGGCUCCGGUCUGGCCCGGGAAAGACGCGAUGGCUAGCGACAGCAACCACACCGCCGAGACCUCUCUGGGCUCCGAUGGGGACGAGGAGGCGACUCGAGCUCUGGAGACCGAGGAGGAGUCUGAGGGCGAGGAGGACGAGUCGGCUGCGGAGUCGGAGUCGGAGCCUGACGCCAGGUUAUCAGACCAGGAUGAAGAGGGCAACACCAAGCAGAAGUGUAUCAUAUCAGACCCCUCCUUUUCCAUGGUGACAGUGCAACGAGAAGAUAGUGGAAUCACCUGGGAGACCAAUUCAAGCAGGUCUUCUACUCCUUGGGCUUCGGGAGAAAGUCAGACGUCCGGUGUGUGUAGUCCGGAGGGGUCGACUAUGAAUUCUUCUGCAGGGAAUGUUUCCUUUAUUGUGGAUGAAGUUAAAAAGGUUCGGAAAAGAACGCCUAAGUCAAAGCGUGGCUCACCAUCAUUGCGUCGGAAAAGCAACAAAAAAAGAAAUUCUUUUGAAUCCCAAGAUGCCCCAGCAAACAAAAAAGAUAAUUCCUUAACCUCAGAAAGCCAGGUACUAACCACCCAGAAAGAGACAUUCUCUAGUGGCAGUUACGAUAAAAUGAGAAAAAAGAAGAACACCUCAAAUGUACCUCCUAUUACGGGGGCAAUAUACAAAGAACACAAGCCACUCGUGUUAAGGCCAGUUUAUAUAGGAACAGUACAAUAUAAAAUUAAGAUGUUUAAUUCAGUUAAAGAAGAAUUAAUUCCUUUACAGUUUUAUGGAACAUUACCAAAGGGUUAUGUGAUUAAAGAGAUACAUUAUAGGAAGGGGAAAGAUGCAUCCAUUAGUCUAGAGCCAGAUUUGGGCAACCGUGAUUCUAAUAUGGUUUCCAGAACAGGCAAAUUAGUAGCCCAAAGCAUAGAAGAUAAUAAAGUUAAACAGCUUGCUUCACCCUGGGGAGGUGCACUCUCCAAAGGAUCAAAGUCCCUUACCUCCUUAUUUGGUCUUGAAGAUCAAAGGAAAAUUUAUACUGAUUCGCCUCCAAAGGCGGCUUCUGCCACCAAGCAGACGGUUUCCUCUCACAUAAGUAAUGACACAGCCGAACAAGAAACACAGCUCAGGCCUCCUCAGUCAGCGCUGCAAAAGCCCGGCGUUGAAGCCAAACCCCAUGAAAUGGAGCCUUCCUCCCUACCCCCCAAGACAUCUGAAACUGUGCUCCUGGAAACAGCAAAGGAAGAAUUGGUGCCUGAUUCACAAGAAAAUGUAACUUCAGAGCCUGAAUCUUCAGUCUCACCACCUUUGGUGAAUGAGGUGAAGAAGGAAGAUGUGUAUUCUGCUGACCAUUCCAUUUCACAGGAGGCAGAGAAGGAUUCUCUGGAAACAGGUACACCAGGCCUAGCAGCAUCCACCCAGGAAGAUUUGGGCCCAGGGAAAGAACAGCUGGACCUGACUUCACUGGAAAGGCCAGAACCGGCCUCCCAACAACUGGCCCCACCUAGACUCGAUGUCAAAGGAGAGAAGGAAGAAAAUGUGUUUGAGCCAUCCGGUUCUCUUUCUGAACCUUUAGUGUCAGAGAAGGAAGAAAUAGAAACUUCUCUACCAAUAGCUGCUACCCCUGAACCCAAAGAUUCUAAUUUAGUGGAAGAAGAGAUCAUUGAACUUGAUUACCCAGAAAGUCCAGCAGUUUCUGAGGAGCUCUUCCCACCACAUUUGGCCCCUGAAGUGGAGCAGAAAGAAAAGGAGACCAUUCUACCACUACCGACAUCAACACCCGAACAUGUUGCUUUGUCUGAGGAAGAAAGAGAGGAAAAUGAGUCUGUUUCUACUGAUUCUGCUUUUAUAUCAGAGUAUUCAAUCCCACAGGACAUCAACCAUGAACUAGAGAAGCAAGAAGUUGAGCCAGUUUCUCCAUCCAAUGUAAAAGCUACAUCUGAACGUGCAGUUUUGUCAGAGGAAGAGAAUGAGGAAUUUGAGCCUUAUUCCCCAGCUUCGGCCUCUGCAUCUGAACACUCUCUCUCACCAUCUAUAACAGAGAAGACUUCUGAAUGCCAGUCCCCACUGUUUUCGACAGUUACAUUGGGACACACAGUCCUGUUUGGAGAAGAGGCCUCAGAAAGUGAGCGUUACACACCAGAUUCCACAUCUGCUUUUGAAUAUUCAGUUCCAUCACAGGCAACAAAAGAGUCACUGGAGACCUUUGACCAUAAGUCCCCAUUAAAAUCAAAAGGUGUUUCUGAGCACAUGAUUCUGUCAGAAGGAGAAAAGGAAGGCACCAGGGGAAUACACUCCCCAGAUAUGGCCUCUAUGGCUGAACUCUCUUCCCCCCCAGGCACAACUGAGGUGACUUCUGAACACCGAACCCCACCACUGUCAGGCACCCCAUCUGAACAUGUGGUCCUUUCAGAAGAGAAUCUAGGAAGUGAACAAUUUACACCAGAUUCAACAUUGACUGCAGUUCCAUCAAAUGUAGCACAGGAAUCUUCAAAGAAAACAAUUGAUGAUGUGUCCCCCUUAAAAUCAAAAGGUGUUUCUGAGCACAUGAUUCUGUCAGAAGAAGAGAAAGAAGACACUGAGCUGUAUUCCCCAGAUGUGGCAUCUGUGGCUAAAUCCUCUCUACCCCUAGGCACAACUGAGGUGAUUUCUGAACACCAAACCCCACCACUUUCUCCCACUCCAUCUAAACAUGUGGUCCUAUCAGAAGAGGACCUAGGAAGUGAGCCUUUCACACCAGAUUCAACACUGACUUCCCAAUAUGCAGUUCCACCAAAUGUAGCACAGGAAUCCCCAAAGAAAACAAUUGAUGAUGUGUCCCCCUUAAAAUCAAAAGGUGUUUCUGAGCACAUUAUUCUGUCAGACGAAGAGAAGAAAGACACUGGGUCAUAUUUCCCAGAUGUGGCCUCUAUCUCUGAACACUCUUUACCCCCGGGCACAACUGAUGAGAUGACUUCUGAGUGCCAGUCACCAAUGCUUUCAGCCACCCCCUCUGAACAUGUGGUCCUAUCAGAAGAGGAGACAGUAGAAAUGGAGCGGUACACACCAUCUUCUACCUCUGCUUCUGAAUUUUCAGUACCGCCUUAUGCAACACCAGAAUCACAGGAGGAAGAAAUUGUACACAGCUCACCUUUAAAUCUAAAAGGUGCUUCCUCACCCAUGCAUUUUUCAGAAGAAGAGCCAGAAGAUGUUGGACCUUUUUCUCCAGACUCUGCAUUUGUGUCAGAGUUCUCAUUCCCACCUUAUGCAGCUCAGGAAACACAGAAAAGAGAAUUUGAGUGUGAUUCUCCAAUAUGUUUAACAUCACCAUCGGAACACACUAUUUUUUCAGAUGAAGACACUGAAGAAGCUGAACUUUUUUCUCCAGACUCAGCAUCACAAGUUUCAGUCCCACCAUACAGUAUUCCAGAAACAAAGAAAAAUGAAAUUGAUCUUGAUUCACUGCUAACUACGGUAUCUGCUUCAGGAUAUUCCUGCUUUACAGAAGCAGGUGGGGAAGAAAUUGGACCAACAACUGCUACACCAGUACCUGAGCACCUCAGUUCAUCACAGAAGCAACAAGCAGAACCUUCCCCUCUGAUGUCUGCAACUGAAGACUCCAGUCUGCCACCUACAACAAAUAAAGCAGAUGCUCAAACAGUGUCAACAUCUGUAGCUGAAUAUCUCAUUUCAGUACAGAAACAGGUAACUCAAGCAUUUUUAGAAUCUAAGUCUAAAGAUCUGAUUCCACCAAAUUUAACCAGUGAACUGGAGAAGGAAGAAAUUAAGAUUAUUUCAUCAGUAGAUACAACACCUGUUUCUUUACCUGUACAAUCAUCCAUGGUAAAGGAAGAAACCAAACCUGUUUCACCUUCACCUCAAUAUUCAGUUUCACCUGAUUCAGUCCAUGCACUUAAGAAAGAACAGGAACCCAAAGCAUCACUCACUCCAAAAGCUUCAAAGGAACAGAUGGCUUUGUUAAAAGUUAAGAGUAAGGAAGAAAUUGUGCCUGAUUCUCAAGAAACUACAGCAUGUGUAUCACGGGAUCAAGAAGUGGAGCCUCAGCCUCCAAAUGUUCCAGGGUCUGGAAUGACAUAUUCAGUUCUGUCUGACUUGGUAGAUGAGCCAAAGGAGGAUGUCAAACUCAGUUUAGCUCCAACUGUGACAUCUGAACUAGAACAGAGGCUGUUGUCAGAGAAUGAACCUGAAGUAAUAAAACCAUAUUCAUCUCUAAAGGAAACAUCUUUAUCUGGACCUGAGAUUUUAUCAGUAGUGGAAACAGAAGUGAAACAUGACUCCAAAAUAACUGGUACACCUAGAGUAUUGUAUUCAGCUUCAUCAGGAGUGGAAAAGAAAGUUGAACAUGAACCAUCUGCACCAGAAUUUUUAGCUUUGUCAGAUGAAAUAAAGAAAGAAAUUGAACCCAGUUCUUCAGUAACCACAACCUCUGUAGCUAAGCAUGAUUCAAACUUAACCAAAUUAGCAAAAGAAGAAAUCCCAGCAGAGUUAUCUGUUACCAGCUCUGUAGAACAUCCAGUCUUGAAAGUAGGAAAGAGUAGAUUAGGAAGUGGUUCACCACCACUGGUAACAUCUAUGGGUGAACAUUUACUUCUUGAAGAAGAAGAAAAGGUAUCAAUCAAAGAUAGCUCUUCUGCCACUGAAACUGCUGAAUCUAAACAUCCACCUUGGUCACAAGCUGAGAAGGAAAUUAAAUUGGAUUCACCUCCAAGCGUAUCCUCUGUAUUGGAGCAUUCUAUUUUGUCAAAGGUAGAAACUGAAGAUGUUAAACCUGGGUUGCCAAUAACCAAAAUACUGUCUUCUCAGCAUGCAGAUGUAUCUAAGGAAGCAAGGGUAGAAAACGAACAAGGUCUUUCAUUUUCUACAGUCCUUGACUCUGAACAUUCGGCUUUAUCACAGAAAAAGAACUCUGUGUCUGCCUCAGAGGUGUCAGGGCCCGAACAUGUGCUUCCGGUCAGCCUACAUGGUGAGAUACAGAAAAUAGAAAGUGAACUUCCUUUCUCACAAAAUGUGUCACCUGCACCCAAAUAUGCAGUUCCAAAAGGCGAAACUGAGAAAAUGGCAUGUUUUUCUCCUGAGUUGGAAAAUUUAGUGUCAGAAGGUUUAGCUCUAACAUUAUCAACCCUCAGUGAUGAUAAGAGCAAAUGGUCAAUGGAGACAUCUUCUACACCUCAGGGCGAUUUCCUGUCAGAAAAACAAGAUCUUGCUCUGGCAGAGCUCUCUUUGCAACCUGAGAAGAAAGACAAGCCACACCAAGUAUCAGAAUUACCAGAUGUUGGGUUGCAAAUCACUGGUGAUUUAGGUAGGCAAAGUGGAUCUAUAGACACAAAACAAAUAAAAUCUCUCAUAACUAAAACGGGGGAUUCUGUUUUAGAGAGGGGCCUUGCUGAGCUUAGGAGCAAUGGACAAGGAGAAAAAGAAAACAGGGAACUUCACGUGUCCCUCCCAGUGCCUGAAAUUUCAGAGGUUUCAUCACGCCUUAAGGAGGAACCUCAGAACCAAGAAAUCAAAUCUAUCUCUCCUAAGGCAGUCAGCUUAGAGUCAAAAGAGGCAUUUACCUCUCUAGUUGAAAAAGACAACCUUGAAGAACAUCAGCCAUAUACUUUUCCUUUAAAAGGAUCAAAAGAGUUGAACCAUUCAGCUGACUUUAAAAAGGAGGAAAAACAAGAAAUAAGUUCAUUACUGCCAACAAGAAAUUUGAAGGCACAAGUGAUAGAAGAUACUGUAACUACACUAAAAGAAGAAAUAGACCAAACAAAUUCAUUCCCUGUACCCCAGAUUAUAACUGAACCCUCAGAGGUUGCUUCUUCGGACCUCCUCAUGGAGCAAGAGAAACUUGAAAACACGCUUCAUUUAGAUCAUGCUGCUAAAUUACCUGAUGUAAGCACAUCUUUUGUGGAUAAACAAGAUCUAAGUACUAAACAACAAUCAAUUAUAAAAGAAAAUUUGCCUUUGGAAGAAUCAAAGCCAUUUUUGACCACUGAGUCUGCAGAUGUUAAAGAAACACAAAUGAAAGAGGCCCUUAUUUCUCCAGAGGAUGAAAACUGGAUGCUGGAAAAGCCAGAAAGAGGUGUGGCAAGUCAUCAUGAAGAAGGAGUCUUGAGAUCUGUGCCACUGGGCUCCUCUGGCAGCAGUGAGCUGAUGACAGGGCUGCCCAAGGCUACUCUGUCGGAGAAAGACCAUCCACACGAAAUUGGAAAGCAGGUUCCGCCACAUUCUGCUGAACCCCAUUUAUCAGUACAAGAACCAGUAUCUACUCAUGAUAUCCCCACGGGUAAUGUAGAGACCUUAUCAACUAAAACACCUUCUGAAGAAAUAAAGCUGGCCCCAGAACCAAAAUCUUUAGUUCCAGCUGAAAAUGUAGAGAGAAAUGAAACAGAGGGGAAGCAGGUCUUUUCUUUCGUGAGGAAUGAGAGUUCAGUAUUGGAAAAAGCAAACAGAGAAUUUUCCCAGCCUUGCAAAGAAGAUAGCCAGGAAGAAGUCAAACUACCUCCUGAAAGAAUCCUCCACAAACCAGUGUCUGGCCCAUCAACAGAACUUGUCAAAUCAGACGCUAUUGUCUCUCAUGCCAAAGCAGCUCCUUUCCUGGAAGAAGAUGCAGAACCUGCAGUAGGCAAUACACAAGCAGCACACAGGAUUAUAUCUGCUUUACCUGGAGAGAAGCCAUUAGAAGAUUCAAAAAUGGAUCAGUUGGAGGUUGUAGAUAGUGCUAAUGGGAGAGGGAAGCCAAUAUCUGAAAUGAAAAUACCCACACAAAUGAAGCCCCUCUCCUUAAGCCAAGAAAAUAAAGAACCCCAACCCCCAGAAUCACUCGAGGUGACGCAAAAACUGCCUGAACAGCCAAAGGCAGUUAAACCAGGCCUUUCUGAGGAAAAGAAAAAGAAAGGAAUUUCAUCCUUCACAUCAUGGAUGUCCAAUUGGUUUUUUAGAUCAAGCACUGUGGAUGACAAGGUUGCUGAAAAAGAAGGCUUAGAAAUUCAGCCAAGUCCAUCUGUAGAAAAAGCAGUGACUGUAACAGAGCCUAAAGGUACAGCUCCAGCUGACUUCCAUGCAACUGAGAAACCAGCUGAUCAUCUGCUACCAGAGGCAAAACUCAUAACUGCUGAGGAGUCCAGGGGCACUUUAGUUAAAUCUGGUGAAGGUCAAGACUUUAAAGUAAAACAUACACUUUUAUCAAAUGUAGAAGUUUUACAACAGCCAAAAUCUAACUUUGAGGUGUCUAGUGAAGAUCAUGGAAAGAAAGAAAGCCUAGAGUAUUCAGAGAAAAUGGACCUAAACUCAGUAGUUGCUUCUGCUGACAAGGGGGAACAUUUUGAAAUUCAGUCUUCUCCGGUGGGUGAGAAAUCCAUUAUGGAAGAAGACAAAAAGGUUGUUCCUCUUCAUGUCACUGAUAGUAAAGAAGCCCAGAAGCCAGAAAUCUCUCCUCCAUCUAAAUGGAAUAUUUCUAUUUUUAGCGAAAAGCCAAGGGGUGAUCAAAAAGAAAACUCACUCUUUUCACCUGAUGCAGUAGAUAAGGUGCCACAACAGCCAAAAUCAGCUUCCGCUAGCUUCACAAAGAAAAGUGUCACAAGGGAAUCAGAGAAGCCAGAGUCAAUAAUUUUGCCAGUAGAACAAUCUAAAGGCAGUUUAAUUGAUCUUGGUGAAGACAGACUAAAGAAAGAAAUGCCUAAACCUACUUCUUUGAAAAUUUCUGAAGAGGAAGUAAAACUCAGAUCUGUUAGCCCAACUGAGGAGAAAGAGAACUUGGAAAUCAGAUCAUAUUUCUUGGCAGAGAAGGUGCUGGCAGAAAAACAAGAAACGGUAGCCCCGUUAGAGUUAAGAGAUAGCGAGGUAGGAAGGGCCCCAACUACACAGGGAUCUCUCCCUAUUAAAUUGGAAGAAUCAAAAGCUGCUGCUGUGCUGCCACGAGUCUGUCAAAAUGAAGACCACAAAGAAAGACUCAAAAUUAUUGAGGAGGAGAAAAGAAAAGAAAAAGAAAAGCCGCUACAAGUAUUUUCAGAAGGAAAGAAGCAGCAGGAGAUUCAGCCUUAUCCUAUGAAUGUAGCCAGGUCUAUGCCUGAAAAAUCAGAUGUCUCUUUAACUGAUUCUUUGGGUGAAACCCAACCAUUUUUAUUAGUUGAAACUACACCAACUACUGAAAAAUCAGAAACCAUGAUCUCAGAGGCUCACCCAGAAAUCAGGGAAACAAAGGCAGUAGAAAUCCAGUCAUCUCUAUUAGAAGAAGGUGAAGUGUUGGUAGAGAAAACCAAGACUUUUGUCCCAGUGGAUCUUUCUUAUCAUGAUGAAAUAGAUGACCACUCUUUUCCUAAAGAAGAAAACCUGGUAUUGGAAAAAUCAAGCAGGGAUAUGGCGAGUUACAAUGAAGAAAAGGGACAGGUCACAGUGUCAGAGUUGUCAAAAGGUGGAUCAGUAGAUAUCACAAAAGAUAGUAUAAAACAAGGAUCUCCAUCUAAAGAAUCUGAAAGGAUUGUAGACCGCCCUUUGGAUGAAUCAAAGAGCUUAGAAACACCGCCAUAUUUGUUGUCAUCUGUGAAACCACAAACACUUGCUUCAGGGGCUUCUCCAGAAAUUAGUACAGUGAAGAAACAAGAAUUGACUCCAGAUAGGCAUACAGUCCAUGCUAUUCAAACAUCUAAAGAGCAAACAUCUGAAAUGUCUAAACAAUCUGUACUUGUUUCAAAGCACCAUUUUGAGGUUGUAGGAGCUGCCAAUACAAAUGAACCACCCCCUUCAUCAAGCAGCAACUAUGCUCAAUUUAUAGCAAGUGCAUCAAUAACCAAUGACAAUAAAAUGGUUUCUACUAGAGAAAUAUCCAAGGAGCCUGAAGAAUUUACAACAACUAGUAAGCCAGCUGGACUUUCAGAAGAUCAAAAGGCUGCCUUCAGUAUCAUUUCUGAAGGCUGUGAGAUAUUGAAUAUUCAUGCCCCUGCAUUUAUUUCUUCAGUUGAUCAGGAAGAAAGUGAACAAAUGCAAGACAAGUUAGAAUAUUUGGAAGAGAAGACAUCACUUAAAACUCUACCCUUACCUGACAAUCAUGGGGCAGUUGUUCUCCAUGAAACAUUAAAGAGUAAGUUAGAAGACUCUGAUAAAAAAGUUAUAUCAGUGAAAGAAAAUAAACAAGAGGAAACUUAUAAAACAGAGGAGAAGAUAUCCACAGGUUCAGAAACUGGUGAUUUGUCCUUUAAUCAGCACACAAUUCUUGGUGAAGAGGAUUAUUUUGAAAAAUAUACAUUGAUUGAUUAUAACAUCUCCCCAGACCCAGAAAAACAGAAAGCUCUAGGAAAAUUACAUGUUGAGGCAAAACUCUCAAAGGAAGUUACAGAAGGAACUAUCUCUUUCCCAGAAAGUUCAGAGGAAAGUGCCCUAGAACAUGAGUAUGACUUGGUGAAAUUAGAUGAAAGUUUUUAUGGAUUGGAAAAGGACUACAGCAAAUUAUCUCACCCAGAGACCCAGAAGUCUUUGGUUAUCCAACAGUCAGCUGACAGAGAUGCCUCAAAGAGCACAGAUAGAGAUGUGGACUCAAAGUCACCUGGAGUGCCUUUAUUUGCUGCAGAGGAAGGAGUUUUGUCACGAAGCCAGAUAUUUCCUACCACUCCUAAAGCCGUUAAUCCUGAACUUCUUGAGGAACCACCUGCACUUGCAUUUUUAUAUAAGGAUCUGUAUGGAGAAGCAGUUGGAGAGGAAAAGAAGGAAGGGGAGACAUCUUCUGAAGGUGACAGUGUGAAUUCUGAGGCAUCAUUUUCAGGUAGAAAUUCUGACACUGAUGAUGGAACAGGAAUAUAUUUUGAGAAGUACACACUCAAAGAUGACAUUCUCCAUGACACAUCUAUAACUGAAGAAGACCAAGGCCAAGGUCUGGAAGAAAAAACAGUUGGUAAGGAUGAUUCAUACCAACCAAUAGAAGCAGAAAGGGAAAUUUGGGGGAGGUUUGGAACUAUUUUGGGGGAAAAGAAACUGGAAGAGGAACAGAAAGCUGCUUACAGAGAAGGAGAAUCGGUAGGACAUGUGGAGACCCUUGGCAAUGUAGAUACACAGAGGAAAGCUCCCAUCACUGAGGAAGUCAAAGUGAGUAUCCAGAAAGUAAGCUAUGCAGUUCCAUUUGAAGACACUCCUCAUGUUCUACAGAGGGCAGAUGAAACAAGCAGUCAGAGUAAUGAAGCAGCAAAUGCAAAUCCAGAGGUCAAUCUGAAUGUCCCGGUACAAGUGUCCUUCCCAGAGGAAGAAUUAGCAUCUGGUGCAACUUGUGUUCAAGAAACACUGCAAGUAGAACCUACAGUAAUGGUCCCACCUGAGCCAAGAGAAGAUAGGCUCCGCAGUAGUCCUGUUCAGGAUGAAUAUGAAUUUGCUGAAUCCCUGAACUAUGAAGUAGUUGCUCAAGACACUUUGUCUGAAGAACUGUAUUCAGAAUCCACCACUGAAGAUGUGUUGUCUCAGGGAAAGGAAUCCUUUGAACACAUCAUUGGAAAUGAAUUAGUGAGUGAGAUGGAACCAAGUGCGUCUGCUGAACAGAAAGAGUUGGGUGGAGAGAGGACAGAAGACCAAUUAUCAACAGAGUUAGUAACCGAGAAGGAGCAAAAAGAACCGAAAAAGUCCCAGAUUGACACAUAUUGCUAUACUUGCAAAAGCCCAAUUUCUGCUGUUGACAAGAUAUUUGGCACCCACAAAGACCAUGAGGUGGCAACACUUGAUACAGCUAUAAGUGCUGUAAAGGUUCAAUUAGCAGAAUUUUUAGAAAAUUUACAAGAAAAGUCCUUGAGGAUUGAAGCCUUUGUUAGUGAGAUAGAAUCUUUUUUUAACACCAUUGAGGAAAAUUGUAGUAAAAAUGAGAAAAAGCUGGAAGAACAGAAUGAGGAGAUGAUGAAGAAGGUUUUAGCACAGUAUGAUGAGAAAGCUCAGAGCUUUGAGGAAGUGAAGAAGAAGAAGAUGGAGUUCCUGCAUGACCAGAUGGUCCACUUUCUGCAGAGCAUGGAUGCUGCCAAGGACACCCUGGAGACCAUCAUGAGAGAAGCCGAGGAGCUUGAUGAGACCGUUUUCCUGACCUCGUUUGAGGAAAUCAAUGAAAGGCUGCUUUCUGCCAUGGAGAGUACCGCUUCUUUAGAGAAAAUGCCUGCUGCAUUCUCACUUUUUGAACAUUAUGAUGACAACUCAGCGAGAAGCGACCAGAUAGUAAAACAAGUGGCUGUUCCACAGCCUCCUAGGUUAGAACCUCAGGAACCAAAUUCUGCUACCAGCACAACAAUCGCGGUUUACUGGAGCAUAAACAAGGAAGAUGUCAUCGACUCAUUCCAGGUUUACUGCAUGGAGGAGCCACAAGAUGACCAAGAAGUAAACGACUUGGUAGAAGAAUACAGAGUUACAGUGAAAGAAAGCUACUGCAUUUUUGAAGAUUUGGAACCUGACCGAUACUAUCAAGUGUGGGUAAUGGCUGUGAACUUCACUGGAUGUAGCCUGCCCAGUGAAAGGGCAAUUUUUAGAACAGCACCCUCCACCCCUGUGAUCCGUGUCGAGGACUGUACCGUGUGUUGGAACACGGCCACCAUCCGAUGGCAGUCUGCCAACCCGGAGGCCACUGAGACCUAUACUCUAGAGUACUGCAAACAGCACUCGCCGGAGGGCGAGGGCCUCAGAUCUUUCUCUGGAAUUAAAGGACUCCAGCUGAAGGUUAACCUCCAGCCCAAUGAUAAUUACUUCUUCUACGUGAGGGCCAUCAAUACAUUUGGAACAAGCGAACAGAGUGAAGCUGCACUCAUUUCUACCAGAGGAACCAGAUUUCGCUUGUUGAGAGAAACAGCUCAUCCUGCUCUGCAAAUUUCUUCAGACGGAACAGUGAUCAGUUUCUCUGAGAGAAGACGACUGACAGAAAUCCCGUCAGUGCUGGGUGAAGAGCUGCCUGCCUAUGGCCAGCAUUACUGGGAAACCACAGUCACAGACUGCCCGGCGUAUCGACUCGGCAUCUGCUCCAGCUCGGCUGUGCAGGCCGGUGCAGUGGGACAAGGGGAGACCUCAUGGUACAUGCACUGCUCUGAGCCGCAGAGAUACACGUUUUUCUACAGUGGCAUUGUGAGUGACGUUCACGUGACUGAGCAUCCCACCCGAGUGGGUAUUCUGCUGGACCACACCAGCCAGAGGCUUCUGUUCAUAAAUGCGGAAAGUGGGCAGUUGCUCUUCAUCGUUAGGCACAGGUUUAAUGAGGCUGUUCACCCUGCCUUUGCCCUGGAGAAACCUGGAAAAUGUACUUUGCACCUGGGGAUAGAGGCCCCAGAUUCUGCGAGGCACAAGUGAUCAUGAGCUUUCAGAGUUCAAAAGAGCAAUGAUUUGAAUUUUAGGGGUCUGUUCUCUCCCUUGGAUGCUAUACAUCAUUCAAAACGUCUCCCACACACUCACGCUAAUAACAGCUACAUGCACGGUGAUCCACACGUGAGCACAACCACCAAGAAACCGUGUCUUCCUAGGGCAGCAUGUGAGUGAAGAGGAUGGAAAAACAAGCUCCGCCCUGAGGUUUAGGCGUGUUUGAGUUUUUCCCUAAAUUAAAAGGGUUCGGACCUGACUUGGGAACCAAAAUAGAGAAAUGGACUUCCACCUGCUUUGUUGGUAAAAGAAAUCUGCAGAAGGACAGGUCUGAGCGGAGAGGGAGGAUUGUGCUUGUAGUGCCUCUCCUCUGACAAGACACGGACUUUUUCCAGAAGAAAAAUGUCACCUCACUUCACUAAAGGAUGAUGAAUCCUAAUCACUAGAGAAAGUGUUUCCACCCUUCUAAGUUGAUAAUGAACUCUUUUGUAAUAAUAUAUGCUAUAGAACCCUGAAAUUUUAAAUGUAGAAAAGUGCUAAAUAUUAGAUAUUUCCAUUUUGUUAAAUAAAUGGAUAGAGUCUAUUAAACAAAA